CCAGCAUCGGGGUCUUCUCCAGUGUCUGCAAGAUUCUGGUUGGUAUGAAGAGUUUCAGAGAUUGAUGAAUGCAACAUUUCUUGACAUGACAACGUCUGAAGAUUGUCUCUAUUUGAAUAUUUUCACCCCAGACACAAAAGGCCAGUUGCCUGUAAUGGUUUGGAUCCACGGAGGAGCGCUAAAGGUGGGGGGAGCUUCUAUAUAUGAUGGAUCAGCAUUGUCUGCAUAUGAAGAUGUGGUAGUUGUAUCAAUUCAGUACAGGCUAGACAUUCUCGGAUUCUUCGGUACUGGAUCUGCAGAAGCCCGUGGAAACUGGGGCUUGUUGGAUCAAACAGCAGCUCUCCAGUGGGUUCAGGAAAACAUCCGGCGCUUUGGAGGAGAUCCCCAGUGUGUGACCAUAUUUGGCGAGUCUGCAGGAGGGUUUAGCGUUAGUGCUCAUAUAUUAUCUCCACUGUCCAAGGGUUUGUUUCACAGAGCCAUAUCAGAAAGUGGAGUUGUUCAGCUUCCGACUUUGGUGACUCCCCACCCAGAAGUCCUUGCUAAAGAAAUAGCAAAGGUCUCUGGCUGUGAAACGAACAGUGCUGAAAUGGUGCGUUGCUUAAGGAAUAAAACAGAACAAGAGCUAGUAUCCCUGAUGAAGGAAGUUGCAAGCAUGAACGCAGUUGUGGACGGCGAGUUCUUUCCAAAGGCACCUGAAGAGCUUCUGGCGGCAAAGGAGUUCAGUGUCAUCCCCUAUCUACUUGGCGUGAAUAACCAUGAAUAUGGGUGGAACGUCAUGGUAGUCGUAAUGAAUUUCCUAGACAUCAAAGAUGGCAUAAAUCGGGAGAACAUCUCUGCAGCAUUCCAGCCUGUGGCCUCCGUUUUGGGGCUCGUGCCCGAAUCUGUGGAGGAGGUAUUGGAUGAGUAUCUGGGAGACACGGAAGAUCGUAUCAAAUUACGAGAACGCUUCCAAGAUCUGAUGGGAGAUGCUGUUUUUGUGGUUCCUUCUGUUGAAACAGCAAGAAGCCAUAGAGAUUCUGGGGCUCCUGUCUACUUUUAUGAAUUCCAGCACCGGCCCACUAUGUUUAAAGAUACCAAGCCAGAUUUUGUGAAGGCAGACCAUGGUGACGAACUGUUCCUUGUCUUCGGAUUCCCAUUCUUAAACAACACAUCAGUCUCCUUUAGUAAGGGUGAUAAUGCGGAGGAUGAGAAACAGCUCAGCAAGACAAUCAUGAAAUACUGGGCCAACUUUGCUCGCACAGGGAAUCCGAACGGGAAAGGUUUGGUGAAGUGGCCACGCUAUGACCAGAAUGAAGGAUACCUGGAACUGAACCUGCAGCAACGGGAAGCAAAGAAACUGAGAAAGAAGCAGGUUGACUUCUGGGCUGGGAUCUUGCAUGGCAAAAUGAAGAAAACCACACAAGAAAAGGAAGCACAUGUGGAUCUUUAACUGACAACACUGUUUGCUGGAUUGCUAUCCUCUUGCACCACCAAAUACUUAAAAAUGGUACCUGAAAACAUUUGUCAAAGCAUGUUUUUAAUUCCGAAGGGAGGGACUUUGACUGCUUUCAGCUAGUCUUUUAUCAGCAGAUUUCAGGUGGUUCUUAUCAGCAUGUAGGCAAUGCUGUCAAGGAUUUCAUCUACAAGGUGGAGGUUGCUGAUGAAUGCUGUUGGUGAAUAUUAAGAACAGAAAUCAGGGCUGUUGUAUUUAGUCAAUUAAUUGGCUAGGUGGCUUGACAAGUUGCUUGGGAUGAAAUGGAAAGCAUAGGUUAACAUUUUAAAAAUUGUUUUCAACAGGAAUGGGAGGAAGUGUUUUAGGGCUCAAGCAGAAAAGACUGAUUCAAAUUAGGUGUGUGGGGAAUGGACCCAAUUCAGAGGGGAGAGGAUUUAAACCUCUCUUUCACCCUCCAAUCUGAAACAGCCAUGGGGAGUUAUUUGCCUAAUGGGGGAAACAUACAAGCUAUGUGUAUAUCAUCUAAAAAUGCAGUUUUUUCCCCUUCAGAACUGCUAAUUGUCUUCAUUUGUAAAUUUCUGCAAAUUAGAUUAACCCAUUAAAAUCCAUAUUGAAGAUUUUUAGUCAAGUUACUGAACAUUUUAAGGAAGGGGAGAAAGGGAAAGUGCCAAACCAUACAAUCCAUUCUAGAGUUAAGCAUGUGCACUGCAUGUGACAUCCAUGAAUUCAAGUGCAAAAACCAGAUUGUGGCAGAAAA